AUCUAUUCACUGCGGUCCCUAGCUGCCCCCUGGUGGCCUUUGAUCGAAUUCUGAUCUGGAGCGUUGGGAUCCUGGUGCAUUCUGGGAAAUGUAGUUCAGGUUCUGUCAGUGCGCAGAUCGGUGAGUGCUCGCGUUCAUGUCAGAGAAGAUUCUCUCCCCCUUCUCCCCGCCACCCCAUGCUCGGCCUGGAAGAACGUGGUGUGCGUGCGUGCGUGCGUGAGUCUGUCUGUGCCUGUGUUUGCGUCCGGGAAUUUUGGGAAUGGUAGUUCUGGUGGGAGAGGGAGUUGGAUGUGCGCAGGAGCAGUUCGUCUCUGGCUGGGGUUGAUUUUUGCCGUUUGUUCCCGGAGAAGGCCACAGGCAGGUCACGGAUUUGCAGGAACAUGAUGUUGGUAGAGCACAACUCUAGAGAGCGAGAGUCAAUCUUAGGAAUAUGUGGACUGAGACCUUUCACCAGAGCUUCAGGGAAGAGACUGAGAUGAAGGAGCAGAUCCUGGACUAUUUGUGGUAGAGGAAUUACUGCUUCAUCCUGCUAGGAGAGACAAGACUUUGUUAAAGCUUGAACAGCAAGGAGGGAAUAACUGUAGAGUUCUUCACUGUAGUGCUGGAAUUGAAAGGAGCCUGAGCCUCUUUCACCCCCUGUUAAUCACCAAUAGGCUCAGAAGUGUAAGCAUCACGUUUGACUGUUCAGCAGGGCCAAUUCUUUCAUGAUGCUAUUUUCUAUCAUUUACACCUCUAGAUUGAGUUGCAAACUUAAUUUCACAGAGCACAUCGGAACCCAAGCUCAGAACUCUGCUGCUGUCUCAGAACUCUGCCUUUUCCCAAUAUAAUACAAAAGAGGAAAAGAAAGAGCUGGAAAUGACUUCUGUUCUACUUUCAGUUAGAUCCCAGAGAUUAGUGACAUUCAAGGAUGUGGCUGUGAACUUCACUCGGGAGGAAUGGGGGCAACUGGAUCCUUCUCAGAGGGACUUGUACAGGGAUGUGAUGUUGGAGAACUAUGGGAACCUUGUGUCCAUUGGACUUCCAGUUUCUAAACCAGAUGUGAUCUCCCAGUUGGAAAGAGGAAAUGCACCUUGGAUGUCAGAGGAAGAAUUCUCAAGAAGCACUCGUCUAGAUUAUUUUAGCCUGGAAACUAAGCUUAAAGCUGAAUAUUCAUCUUCAAAGCAGACUGGUUAUACAGGAAUAUCCAAAGAAGGACUCAGAAAAGAAGUUACCUGGGAUUCCAAGAUGAGAGAAAUUCGGGAAUGUGAUGUCAAAUUAGAGAGGGAAGAGAACUACCAGGAGAAACAAUCCAGACAAGUAACAAACAUUCCCAGAAAAAUAGCUAGUGACUAUAAUACAUUGUUAGGAAGUUUCAGCCCAGGGUCAGUCUUUGUUUCACAACAGAGAGUUACUACAGGAAAAAAUCUCCUUAAAUAUAAUCGAAUCUCCUUAGGGAAGAAACUUUCUAAGUAUAAUAAAUACAGGAAACCCUUUAGUUACCACUCAGACCUUAUUCAAUUUCGAAUAGCAAAUUCUGGAGACAAAUCAUAUAUAUGUCAUGAAUGUGGGAAAGCCUUUGGUCAGAGGAGAUAUCUUAUUGAACAUCAGCGAAUUCAUACGGGACAGAAGCCCCAUAAAUGUAAUGAAUGUGGAAAAGCCUUUAUCCAGAGAGGAAACCUUACAUCUCAUCAAAGAAUUCAUACAAGAGAGAGACCCUUUGAAUGUAAGGAAUGUGGGAAGGCUUUUAGCCAAAGGGGUCACCUUACUGAACAUCAGAGAAUUCAUACUGGAGAGAAACCCUUUGAAUGUAAAGAAUGUGGAAAAGCCUUCAGCCAUAGGGGGCAUCUUGCUGAACACCAGAGAAUUCAUACUGGAGAGAAACCUUUUGCAUGUAAUGAAUGUGGGAAAGCUUUUAGCCACAGGACAUCCCUUAUUUAUCAUCACAGAAUUCAUACUGGGGAGAAACCCUUUAAAUGUAAUGAAUGUGGGAAAGCCUUUAGUCAGAGGGGGAACCUUACUGAACAUCAGAGAAUUCAUACUAGAGAGAAACCCUUUGAAUGUAAUGAAUGUGGGAAAGCCUUUAGCCACAGAGGCCAUCUUACUACACAUCAGAGCAUUCAUACUUCAGAGAAACCAUAUCUUUGUAAUGAAUGUGGGAAAACCUUUAGCCAACGAGGAAACCUUAUUGAACAUCAACGAAUUCAUACUGGCGAGAAACCCUUUGAAUGCAAUGAAUGUGGGAAAACCUUUAGUAGAAGGGGAUAUCUUCCUGAACAUCAGAGAAUUCAUACUGGAGAGAAACCUUUUCAAUGUAAUGAAUGUGGAAAAGCGUUCAGCCACAAAGGAAGUCUUACUGAGCACCAGAGAAUUCAUACCGGAGAGAAACCUUUUCAGUGUAAUGAAUGUGGGAAAACCUUCAUCAAAAACUCACGUCUAGUCCAGCAUCAGAAAAUUCAUACUGGAGAGAAGCCAUUUGAAUGUACCGAAUGUGGGGCAAUGUUCAGCCAGGAAGAGAAACUUAUUGAACACCAAAGAAGGCAUGCUGGAGAGAAACCUUUUGAAUGUAAAGAAUGUGGGAAAUUCUUUAGUCGGAAGGGAUACCUUACAGAACAUCAGAGGAUUCAUGCUGGAGAAAAAUCAUUUGAAUGCAAAGAAUGUGGGAAAUUCUUUAGUCGGAAGGGUUACCUUACUGAACAUCAGAGAAUUCAUGCCGGAGAUAAAUCCUUUGAAUGUAGUGAAUGUGGAAAAGCUUUCAGCCAAAGGAAAUACCUUACUCAGCACCAGAAAAUCCAUACUGGGGAGAAACCCUUUGAAUGUAAUGAAUGUGGGAAAGCCUUUAGACAAAGGGGACACCUCACAGCACAUCAGAGCAUUCAUACUGCAGAGAAACCUUUUGAAUGUAAUGUGUGUGGAAAAGCAUUCCGACAGAGAGGAAGCCUUACUGAACAUCAGAGAAUGCAUGCUGGAGAGAAACCAUUUGAAUGUAAUGAAUGUAGGAAAGCAUUUAGUCACAGGAGCAGUCUUAUUGAACAUCAAAGAAUCCAUGCUGGAGAGAAACCCUUUGAAUGUAAUAAGUGUGGGAGAGCCUUCACCCAUAGGAAAUCUUUCAUUUACCAUCAGAGACUUCAUAGUGGAGAGAAACCAUUUGAAUGUAAUGAAUGUGGGAAAGCCUUCAGUGACAACUCUUAUCUUACCUUACAUAAGAGAAUUCAUACUGGAAAGAAACCCUACAAGUGUAAUCAUUGUGGGAAAGCUUUUAGCCAGAGAGGAAACCUUACUGAACAUCAAAGAAUACAUACUGGAGAGAAACCCUUUGAAUGCACUGAAUGUGGGAAAGCCUUUACCCAUAGGAAAUCCCUUAUUUAUCAUCAGAGAAUUCAUGCUUGAGUGAAACUUAUUGAGUGCAGUAAUUUUGGGAAAUCUUUUAGCCACAGCAGAUACCUUAAUUCACACUGGUGAGAAGCUUUUUGGAAGUAAUGAGUAUAAAAAUCCUUUAUCUACCAAGGGAAGCUUAAUGAACAUAAGAGGAUUUGUACUGUAAUCAAGGUGAUCCCUGAAAUAUUAUCAGAAACUUUAUAAUAUUGAAAAAUUACAUAUAAGCAAUGCAUGUGGGAAACCUUCAGUAGUAACUGAAGCCUUAGAAAGCAUCAGAUAACUCUAAUUAAAGGAAAACCUUAUGAAUGUAUUUACUAUGAAAAAUUUUAGAGUAGUUUAUCCCUUAUAAAAUGUUAGAGACUCCAUACAAGAUUAUCAGAGGAAUUGUGGUGCACUGCAUAGAGUACUGGAUUUGAAGACAGGAAAACCUGAGAUCCAAUCAUGCCUCAGACCAUUUCUAGCUGUGUGACUCUGGGCAAGUCACUUAACUGCUCUCAGCCUUAGUUUCCUUUUCUGUAAAACAAGGAUACA